UUGUCUACUCUAUUCAUCGUUGACAAGCAGGAGGCGGCCACAGGGGCCAGAAUUGCAGCAACUGCGAAAUCAAAUCAUAAAACCAAGGAAAACAAACCAUUGGAAACCAGAUUGCAGUCAAGAACCAAAGACGAAGAGAAAAAGAUGGAUAAUCCAUCAUCGGCCCAGGAACCCCAUCUCCGCUCUGAAAACUCUGUCUCACAUGACUGUCCGUACCCGAUUUACGCCAUGGCUGUUUCUUCCGCCGCCUCCCACCAUAACCGCCGUCGCCGCAAUAUAGCCGUCGGAAGCUUCGUCGAGGAUCCCGGCAACAGGGUCGACAUCUUCUCCUUCGACGAAGAAACCACCUCUCUCAAACCCAUCCCCACCCUCUCCUUCGAGCACCCCUACCCACCCACUAAGUUAAUGUUCCAACCCCCCAAUCCCAGGUCCGCAGCCGAGCUCCUCGCCUCCUCCGGCGACUACCUCCGCAUCUGGGAAGUCAGGGAUUCCUCUAUUGAACCCCUCUCCACUCUUAACAACAGCAAGACCAGUGAAUUCUGCGCCCCAUUGACCUCCUUCGACUGGAACGACUUGGAGCCCCGGAGAAUUGGGACUUCCAGCAUCGACACCACUUGCACCAUUUGGGACAUAGAGAAGGGGGCCGUAGAAACCCAAUUGAUCGCUCAUGAUAAGGAAGUCUACGAUAUUGCUUGGGGGGAAGCCGGGGUUUUUGCAUCGGUUUCUGCUGAUGGCUCCGUCAGAAUUUUCGAUCUGAGGGAUAAGGAGCACUCCACUAUCAUAUAUGAGAGUCCCCAGCCGGAUACUCCUCUGUUGAGGUUGGCUUGGAACAAGCAGGACUUGAGGUACAUGGCUACCAUCUUGAUGGAUAGCAACAAAGUUGUCAUCUUGGAUAUCAGGUCACCCACCAUGCCUGUGGCAGAGUUGGAGAAGCAUCAAGCCAGUGUCAAUGCAAUUGCUUGGGCUCCCCAGAGUUCCAGGCACAUUUGUUCUGCUGGGGAUGAUGGACAGGCGCUUAUCUGGGAGUUGCCUACUGUUGCGGGCCCUAAUGGGAUCGAUCCCAUGUCCAUGUACUUGGCUGGAACGGAGGUUAACCAACUGCAGUGGUCUGCUGCCCUGCCCGACUGGAUUGCUAUUGCAUUCUCUAAUAAGUUGCAGAUGCUCAGAGUUUGAGAAAGCCAAUUCAUUAUACGAGUCCACUGUCUAGAGAUGCUAUACUACAGCUUGUUCAAGUGGAGAAUAUUAAGGAAUGCCUAGGGAUGAACUUACUGUACCAAAUCAUCUUGGACCAGAAAACUUUUGUCUGACGCUUUCUAGCGGCAUCCCAAGCUGAUCGUGCUGAGAAUUUUCCAUUGGUGCUGGCUGUCCAAAGAACUUCAUCAGGUCUAUCCCAUGGAAAUCUGGAUAUUGAACUCAAUUCAUUCCAGGAAGAAAGAAACCGUUUGGAUGGCUGAUAUCUUUUUCAUUCUCGAGGGUGCAGUUUCGUGGUAGGCUGGUAGAUUGAUGUAGUUGUUUGGCAAGGAUGUUUCUUUGUUCUGUAAUGUAUAUGAAGAUGAGCUGUGCAGCAUCAACUGUUGAAGCAGUUGGGAGUUUUCAUGUUUUAGCUCUUAAGCCAUAGCAAAAUUUUUAAUACACAAAAUUACAGUAAGGUUUUUAAA